CAUACACACAAAAAACAACAUACCCACUCCAAACGAAAAAUUAGCACCCCAUUGCUAUUUACUCCUGCUAGACCAUUGACGUUGACCUGAAAAAGGGUUAACAAGAAAGGUCUGACCUUUUUAGCUCACUGAUUGUUCCGCCACUAAUUGAACCAAAUGCUAGUAUGCUACUCAUCUUCCAUAAAUUAUAAUCACAGUUUGCUAAAACCCAUUCACUAAGGUUGUGUGGUGUGCGGAGUUGUAGAGAAAAUGAGCUCAAAAUAUUCAGGUGACAAAGCGUCGGAUGUGGACAGCUGGUUAUGGUUAGUUGGUGGUCUGAUAGCAGGCAUGAUUUUGAGUCCAUUAAUAUCAAGCUGGUUACCCACUUGGAAAUCCUCACUCAAGAGCAUGUUUGAGACUCUGCUGUGUCAGCUGGGCCAUCGAGAAAGACCUUCAAGCAUGGUCAACGAUUCAGCUUCCGCUCAUUUUCUGGAUUCAAACAUCAGCCCCCUGAGCGACGAUGAAGAUUCAUCUUCCUAUCAGUCUCUGGAUUCAAACAUCAGAGAAGGCUUCGGUCUGAUCGGGGACGAAGAUUCAUCUUCCUAUCAUUCUGCGGAUUCAAACAUGAGCCAAGUCAGUGCCCUGAGUGACGACGAAGAUUCAUCUUCCUAUCAUUCUGUAGAUUCAAACAUCAGCGAAGUCAGUUCGCUAUGCGAGGAAGAUAUUGCUCCCGUUCAGUUUCAGGAUUCAAACAACAGCGAAGAAUGCGUGGAUUCCCAUAAGCAGGUCUACAGAUACGAUGUGUUCCUAAGCUUCCGUGGUCCUGACGUCCGCAACAAUUUUGUUGAUCAUCUUUUCGAACGUCUCACUAAAAAAGGCAUUUUCACAUUCAAGGAUAAUGUAAGGCUCAAGAGAGGAAAACGCGUUAAACCCGAGCUAAUGGAUGCAAUUAGAGAUUCACGCCUUGCUAUCGUUGUCUUCUCUAGCACAUACCCGACCUCAACGUGGUGUCUCGAUGAAAUGUCCGCUAUAGCUGAUCUCCAUCGACAAGAGAAACAAAUUGUUGUCCCAGUUUUCUACGGCAUUACUUCUUCUGAUGUUGGAAGAGAAGGAGGCCCAUACGAUGUCCACUUCAAUUCAGAGCAAUACAGCAAAAUUCCCAAUAGGGUUGACCGAUGGAAGUUUGAUGCCAAAUAUUUGGCCAAAGCGUAUGGUUUCCCUAUAAACCCUGAGAGACCAGAGACUAAACAGCUGGAAGAGAUUAUUGCUUUUGUUACAAAGGAAUUGAAUCAUAAAUUCACAAUAGACAUCAGUGAUCUGAUUGGGAUACAGCCCCGUGUGGCAGAUCUAGAAAGACGACUCAAGUUGACAUCAGAGGAUGUUCCCUUUCAAAUUCUCGAAAUUGUGGGCAUGAGCGGGAUAGGAAAGACAGUUCUCGCUAAGAUCUUGUUCGACAGAAUCUCUUAUCAAUUUGAUGCUUGCUGUUUUAUUCAGGACGUCAACCACAUUCAUAAAAUGCAUGGCAGAGGGGCUACUACUAAGAUUCAAAAACAGAUUAUUCAUCAGCUUUUCCAGGAAGAAGAUCUACAAUUUCUAAGUUCUCCUGAAAUAGUCAAGAUGCUACAAAAUAGGUUAUGUAACCCAAAUCUCCCCAAAAAGGCUCUUAUAGUUCUUGACGAUGUUGAUGAUCCAAACCAAUGGCAUAAAUUGGGAAUAUUGCCUAACUUUCUUGGUGCAGGAAGCAGAGUUGUCAUAACUACUAGAUUUGAGCAUAUUCUUAAUGUCAAUACUACAGCAUAUGAAAUUUACGAGGCUCCACUGUUGAAUGAUGAUGAUGCACUUAAACUCUUUCUAACAAAAGUCUCCAAGAGCGAAGAUCCUAGCACUACUGUCAGCGGUGUAUCUCAUAAGAUAAUAGAAUAUGCUCAACGCCUUCCUUCAGCAAUUGAAAAACUGGCUUCCUCCUUCCAUCCAAUAGGUGAAGAGCUCUGGGAAAGAGAAUUGGUGAAAUGGAGAAAAUAUCCGAAUGAAAGGUUUAUGAAGUCUCUUCAGGAAACAAGUUAUGACGAACUGAAUAGAGAUGAGAAGGUGAUAUUUCUAGAUAUAGCCUGUUUCUUUGGGGGGAAAAGGAAGAAAUAUGUGGAGCACAUUUUGGGGACUAAAAUGUCAGAUCCCUACCUUGCGAUUCAAGAGAUUCGGAGGAAAUCACUCAUAACAAUUAGGAACCAUGAAAUUCAUAUGCAUCAAAUGUUACGAGAAUUGGGAAAGAACAUUGUUCGGGACAAAUAUCCAGAAGAGCCAAAAUAUUGGUCUAGAUUGUGGGAUGUCGAGGAUCUCCAAAAAGUCUUGAUGUCCGAUAUGGAAGCAAACAAAGUUCAAACCAUAGUUUUGGAUGAUGAUGUCUCCAAACACGAGGACAUGAAGAUUGAAGGGUUAUCAAAUAUGAGGGAUCUUAGACUGCUUAUAUUACAUCAUAAGAGCUCCUCAGAAAACCUCACUUUUCGUUUCAAUGAGCUAUACUAUCUUUUAUGGCAGGGUUACUCUUCCACUUCUCUCUCACUAUCCAUAUGGUAUAAUCUUGUUGAAUUAAAUCUAAUUAAUAGCAGAAUCCAACAACUAUGGGAAGGCAGCCAGCCAAUUCUUUCUUGGCAGGCAAUUCCAAAUCUAAAAAAGGUGGAUUUGAGCAACUCGAAAAAUCUUAAAGAGAUGCCAAGUUUUGAAGGUUGCCGAGGACUUGUGAGACUAGAUCUUUCAGGAUGCACAAACCUAACGAAAGUGCAUGAAUCAAUUGGGCUUCUUAAAGAACUUGAUUGCUUGAGUUUGCAAGACUGUACCAAUCUAGCCCUUCUUGAUUUUGGCACUAAUUGUCAGUUACGUUCUCUGAGAACUCUACUUCUCUCUGGCUGCACCAAGCUUGAGCACACGCCAGAUUUGACAGGGCUUUCAAAUCUUAGGUACCUGGAUCUUGGGCGAUGUACAAAUUUGUCCACAGUUCAUAAGUCUAUUGGGGAGCACACAACACUCAAGUACUUGAGUCUGAGAGGCUGCAAAAAUCUUGUUCAUCCACCUGACCUUGUCAAUGGCAACUCAUCCCUCCUAAUUCUAGAUUUGAGCGGUUGCAUGAGGAUAACAAACCUUCUCUGCCGCAGACAAAAAUUUGCGCCUUCCUCCUGCCUGGAAUCUUUGAUAUUUCUGAGUUCUGACUUCCUUGAGCCAACAAGAACUCUUGAUUUUGUUGCAAAGAUGAGGUGUUUAGAAAGACCAAACCCGAAGAAACAGGGUUUCAGUUCUGUAUUUGACAGGGACUGGCUUUGUUCUAAGCUGACAUAUUUAAACCUGGCAUACUGUCAUGAGCUUAGAAGAUUUCCUGAGCUAUCAUUUCAUGGCCUUCAUGAGAUGAAAGGAACUUUAGAACGGUAUCCACAACUCUCCAUCAUAGGUCAAGAUUAUAUAUUUUCAGCUUCUACUGUAUGAAUGGCACUUGAUGGAAGAGGUAAAACACAAUAUGAAGGAGGCCAAGCCAAGGCGGAGGAAAAGAACAUCUGGUCUGUGGACUCACACCUCUCAGGGCUGUUAUUGGAUAAAAGGUGAAGGGUAUUACAAGUCUUUCAUUUCUGAAGGAUAAUAUCUCUCAUCCCUAAUCUCAUGAUCUAGCUAUUGGAGCUGAGUUACGUCCACUCAAUCUCAAUUCUAAUAUAGUAUCAGAGUUGAUCAUUUCUAGGCGUGAAGGGAAGUUCUCUAGAGACUUUAUAAGCGUCCCUCAUCUCAUGAGCUAGCUUGGGUUGAUUUAGUCCCACUUGAUCUCAAUUAUAAUAAAGAUGGCUGUAACUACUGGUAUAGGUAUUGGAUGAAGGAAGAAUUAUUGGAAACCAUCAAGUUGAGCUACUGAAGAUGAUUUAUGUAAUUCGGGAA